AUGGCGGACUACGAUGCUGCUGCGCCUCGGAUCCGAUACCGCUCGCUUGACCGGAGCAAGAAAGAGAUACGUCUGCUGGAGGUGCAGCCUGCAGCGAGUGCCGACGUCAACGAAAGGCUCGUCUGCCGCCUGGUGCACGAACCUCUGAGCGACUCGUCCGAGUUUACUGGCCUGUCCGCCCUCUACGGCGACAUUACCGUCACCGAAGCCAUCCAGCUCAACGGCGCGAGCGUCCCCGUACCCGCCAGCGUCGCCCAGGCUCUCCGGCACGUCCGCGCGGUGCUGCUGGCCCCGUCUCUGCCUGCUCCCGCACCAACCGCAAAGUCGAAGAAAGGGGGCGGCGCAGCGCGCGCCGGCCACGACCAACAAGAGGCGGGGGAGGACGACGACGCGGACCAGCAGGAGGGGGCGGACGAGGAGGAGCACGAGCACGAGCACGAGCACGAGCACGAGCACGAGCACGAGCAGGCGCAGGAGCAGGAGGGCCGGGCACGGAAACGGCAACGGCAACGGCCCCCCGUGUCCAGGCUGUCUGACAAGGCUCCCGGCUGGCUUCGAUCCGUCCUCAAGAACGUAAAGCACAUGAUUUCCGAGCCGGCGGGGGCGCGGCCUCUACGCAUCUGGCUCGACCUGCUGUGCAUCAACGGACGGGACGCCAAGGAGCAGGCGGAGCGCCGCGCAACCAUGACCAGGGCCUACCGGCAGGCCAAGGUGACGAUUGGCUGGCUGGGGCUGAAGGACUCGACCUCGGACCUGGCCAUUGACAUCAUCCGCGCGUGGGACGAGUGCAUGCCGCCCUCGUUUGGCGAGCCGGGCGACCGCGAGGCCCAUCCGGAGAAUUACGCUCCCAUCAUGCAGUGGAUGGCCCCCGUGGCGCACUUUACAGACGUCCCCGAGGGCGUCACCGACCCGCGCGAGAUACCCACCUACAAGGCCAUUUCUGGCUUCCUGAACCGGCCGUACUUUCGGAACGCGUGGAUGCUCGAGGACAUGGCCCUGGCGCGGUUCCCGGCCUUCCUGGUCGGCGACGAGAUUGUGUCGUGGAAGCAGAUUCUGCGCAUCAACCGCGUCAACGAGGACAUCAAGGACCACGGGGCGGCCAUGUUCCCCAGCGAGUUCAUCCCGCUGCUCGAGUACAUGCCGCUCAACAGCGUCCACACCUUUUUGACCGAGUUUGACAGGCGGCAGAAGAUGGAGGAGACGCCGGCCAUGUUCUCGACGGCGGGCUCCACGAGGAGCGGUGGAUCUACGACGAGCUUACCGAGGCCAACAUAG